AAGAUGAACGGCACAGAGGGAUCCAACUUCUACAUCCCCAUGUCCAACAGGACGGGGCUGGUCAGGAGUCCUUUCGAAUAUCCCCAGUACUACCUGGCUCCUCCAUGGCAGUUCUACCUUCUUGCCUUUUACAUGUUUUGCUUGAUUUGCUUUGGAUUUCCGAUCAACGGGCUGACACUCGCCGUGACAGCACUUCACAAAAAGCUUCGUCAACCUCUCAAUUUUAUUUUGGUCAACCUGGCCGUGGCUGGCAUGAUCAUGGUCCUCUUCGGCUUCACCAUCACAAUUACUUCGGCUCUUAAUGGAUACUUCGUUUUUGGGGCCAUGGGUUGUGCUAUUGAAGGUUUCAUGGCUACUCUUGGAGGCCAAGUUGCUCUGUGGUCACUGGUCGUGCUAGCUGUUGAGAGGUACAUUGUCGUCUGCAAGCCCAUGGGAAGCUUCAAGUUUGGAACCGCUCACGCUGGAGCUGGAGUGGCAUUUACAUGGGUCAUGGCUAUGAGCUGUGCUGCCCCACCACUCUUCGGCUGGUCCAGGUACAUCCCUGAGGGAAUGCAGUGCUCCUGUGGACCUGAUUACUACACCCUCAGCCCUGAAUACAAUAAUGAGUCCUACGUCAUCUACAUGUUCACAUGCCACUUCUGUGCCCCUGUCUUCAUUAUCUUCUUCACUUAUGGAAGCCUUGUCCUCACAGUGAAAGCGGCGGCAGCUCAGCAGCAGGACUCAGAAUCCACCCAGAAGGCCGAGAGGGAGGUGACACGCAUGUGCGUCCUGAUGGUGCUAGGCUUCCUGGUGGCAUGGACCCCCUAUGCCAGCUUUGCUGCCUGGAUUUUCUUUAACAAGGGAGCAGCUUUUACGGCACAGUCCAUGGCUAUUCCUGCUUUCUUCUCCAAAUCAUCAGCCUUGUUCAAUCCCGUCAUCUAUAUAGGAAUGAAUAAACAGUUCCGUGGGUGCAUGAUGCAGACGGUCUUUGGCAAGACCCCAGAAGAUGAGACAUCAGUGUCAACAAGCAAGACAGAAGUCUCCUCAGUUGGUCCAGCCUAAGUGUCACAUUUGCGCAAACGAAUCUGUGUCUCUGAAUAAGUAUUACAAGGUGAAUCAACAACUUAUCGGUCACUACAAUGGGUCCUGUGGACUGAAUUGUAAUUUGGACUUAAGUCUCACCACCACCAAUUACUUUCUCAAAGUAUCCAUAAGCGACCUUGGGUGUUU